AUGCUGGAUCAAUUCCGGCUCGUCCACUACCUCCGGUUCUUUGCCGGGGCCUUGGUUGUGACCUGGAUCAUUGUGCAGUUCGGCGGCACGGGCGACCAGCACAACCAGUAUGCGGACCUCUUCCGCCAGUUCCGCGACCAGCGCAAAGUCUUCAUCAGCGAUUUCCUCAAUCACGACAUCAGUGGCGCCUAUGUCGGCGACGGCCUGUCCGACCUGUGCUCGGCAAAGACGUGGACGCCGGGUCUGAUCCUGACAUGCGACGCCGUGCCCGGUGGUAUGGCCGACGUCAAGAAUGGCAUCUUGACGUGCAUCCGUGUCGCCAUUGAGAUUGGAGCCGAGGUAAUCCUGCCCGACAUCAUGCUGCGGUCUACCAUGGACCUCUCCAUCAUCGCACCCCAUGACAAAGGCCCACGACGCGGCCUGCCGCCUAGCCACUUCUUCGACACCGAGUACCUCAUGGACACCCUGGGCGAGUUCUGCCCGGAGCUCAAGAUUCACAACUCACUCAACGACUUCUUUGACGAGCCCAGUCUCUUGGAACCCGCCAAGCUCGACAUCUACAAGGUGCCCGGUGUCAAGAUUGCGGCCAACCUUGGCAAGAGCGCCGGUAAGCUCGUGUCCGACGGCGAUAAGCUCGGCCAGCAGAUCCACGCCAUGCUCAACAAAAAAAGCCCGCCCAAGACCCGCAGAUACCCCUUCCGCGUCGACCUGCGGCCCACGCCUUCGUACAUGAUGCCCGCCUUUGCCGACCAACCGCCGCUGCGCCGCUACUUUGGCCGCAUGCUGCGCGUGCGCAAGGACAUGCGCGCGCUCGCGGCCACUGUGCUCUUCAACCUGCAAAAGGCCUUUGAUUUGCAGAUCGACCCGCGCAAGGGCAUCGACAUUGACGCCUUUGUCGGCGUCGAGCUGCGCACCCUACCCGACCCGCUCCGCUUCCCCGACUACACCGAGCAGGCCUCGGACGCCCUCAGCUUCGUCGUCGCGAACAACCUGUCGCAGAUUUACCUGACGGAAGGCGCCACCAAAGAAAACAUCACGUCCUUCACCGAGCGCUGCCGCGAUUUUAACAUCGCCGUCAUCACCAAGGAGGACCUGGUCGAGGGUGCCGACGCCGCCUUGCUCGCUAGUCUCAGCUACGACGAGCGCUUCCUCGUCGACUACGAAGUUGCUCUGCGCGCCGGCCUCUUUAUGGGCAACGCACAGUCCAGCUUUACGUGGAGCGUCGGCCUGCGCCGCGAGUUUGCCUUUGGCCAGGCUGGCAGCUCCAACUCGUCACACCUCAACGGUACCCUGCGCUGGCACAACCAAUACUCGACGAUUUACGGCAAGAACUUUAUCGGCGACGACCUGCGGCGCGCCAUCUGGCCCUAG